AUGGCGAAGCUGGGCGCGCGGCUCCGCGCGGAGAGCGCACGGCGCGCGGCGGGGCCCCACCGGGGCCCCGGGCCGCUGCUCCUGGUCGGCCUGGCGCUGCUGAGCGCAGCGCGGGCGCAGGAGUCGGCGGACGGCGGCUUCAGCCUGCACCCGCCCUACUUCAACCUGGCCGAGGGCGCCCGCAUCGCCGCCUCGGCCACCUGCGGCGAGGAGGCCCCGGCGCGCGGCGCCCCGCGCCCCACCGAGGACCUCUACUGCAAGCUGGUGGGCGGCCCUGUGGCGGGCGGGGACCCCAACCAGACCAUCCAGGGCCAGUAUUGCGACAUCUGCUCGGCCGCCAGCAGCAACAGGGCGCACCCCGUGAGCAACGCCAUCGACGGCACGGAGCGCUGGUGGCAGAGCCCGCCGCUGUCCCGGGGACCGGAGUACAACGAGGUCAACGUCACCCUGGACCUGGGCCAGGUCUUCCACGUGGCCUAUGUGCUCAUCAAGUUCGCCAACUCGCCGCGGCCAGACCUCUGGGUGCUGGAGCGGUCCACGGACUUCGGACACACCUACCAGCCAUGGCAGUUCUUCGCAUCCUCCAAGAGGGACUGCUUCGAACGGUUCGGGCCACAGACGCUGGAGCGCAUCACGCGGGACGACCACGUCAUCUGCUCCACCGAGUACUCGCGGAUCGUGCCCCUGGAGAACGGCGAGAUUGUGGUCUCCCUGGUGAACGGGCGCCCCGGGGCUAUGAACUUCUCCUACUCGCCCCUGCUGCGUGACUUCACCAAAGCUACCAACAUCCGCCUGCGCUUCCUACGCACCAACACGCUGCUGGGCCACCUCAUGGGCAAGGCGCUGCGGGACCCCACCGUCACCCGCCGGUACUAUUAUAGCAUCAAGGACAUCAGCAUUGGUGGCCGCUGUGUCUGCCACGGCCACGCGGACGUCUGUGACGCCCAAGACCCCACGGACCCCUUCAGGCUUCAGUGCGCCUGUCAACACAACACGUGUGGGGGCUCCUGUGACCGCUGCUGUCCUGGCUUCAACCAGCGGCCGUGGAAGCCGGCCACCACCGACAGUGCCAACGAGUGCCAGUCCUGCAAUUGCCAUGGCCACGCCCACGACUGCUUCUACGACCCUGAGGUGGACCGGCACAAUGCCAGCCAGAACCAGGACAACAUCUACCAGGGCGGGGGCGUGUGCAUCGACUGCCAGCAUCACACCACCGGCAUCAACUGUGAACGCUGCCUGCCCGGCUUCUACCGGGCCCCGGACCAUCCUCUCGACUCUCCCCACGCUUGUCGCCGCUGCAACUGCGAGUCGGACUUCACAGACGGGACGUGUGAGGACCUGACCGGCCACUGCUACUGCCGGCCCAACUUCACGGGGGAGCGUUGCGACGCGUGCGCCGAGGGCUUCACUGGCUUCCCGCACUGCUACCCGGUGCCCUCCUUCUCCCCCAAUGACACCAGCGAGCAGGUGCUGCCAGCCGGACAGAUUGUGAACUGUGACUGCAGCGCGGCCGGGACCCAGGGCAACGCCUGCCGCAAGGACCCGCGGCUGGGACGCUGCGUGUGCAAACCCGGCUUCCAGGGCGCCCACUGUGAGCUCUGUGCCCCAGGCUUCUAUGGCCCCGGCUGCCAGCCGUGCGAGUGCUCCAGCCCUGGAGUGGUGGAUGGGGACUGUGACCGAGACUCCGGCCGGUGCACCUGCCGGGAGGGCUUCGAGGGGCCUGCGUGUGACCGCUGUGCCCCGGGUUACUACCACUUCCCUCUCUGCCAGUUGUGCGGCUGCAGCCCUGCGGGGACCCUGCCCGAGGGCUGCGACGAAGCUGGUCACUGCCCGUGCCGGCCCGAGUUUGACGGCCCUCACUGUGACCGCUGCCGCCCGGGCCACCACGGCUACCCCGACUGCCGCGCCUGCACCUGCGACCCCCGCGGCGCCCUGGACCAGCUCUGCGGGGCAGGCGGGACGUGCCACUGCCGCCCUGGCUACGCGGGCGCCGCCUGCCAGGAGUGCAGCCCCGGCUUCCACGGCUUCCCCGACUGUGGCCCCUGCCUCUGCUCCGCCGAGGGCUCCCUGCACGCGGCCUGCGACCCCCGCAGCGGGCAGUGCAGCUGCCGGCCCCGCGUGACAGGGCUGCGGUGUGAUGCGUGUGCUCCCGGCGCCUACGACUUCCCCGCCUGUGAAGCUGGCUCCUGCCAUCCUGCCGGCCUGGCCCCGGCCAGUCCCAGCCUUCCUGAGGCACAGGCCCCCUGUACGUGCCGGGCCCAUGUGGAGGGGCCCAGCUGCGAUCGCUGUAAACCUGGGUUCUGGGGGCUGAGUCCCAGGAACCCUGAGGGCUGCACCCGCUGCAGCUGCGAUCCCCGGGGCACGCUGGGCGGACUUACCGAGUGCCAGCCGGGCGACGGCCAGUGCUCCUGUAAGCCUCACGUGUGCGGCCAGACCUGCGCAGCAUGCCGGGAUGGCUUCUUCGGGCUGGACCAGGCCGACUACUUCGGCUGCCGCAGCUGCCGCUGUGACGUCGGUGGGGCGCUAGGACAGGGCUGUGACCCGAGGACGGGCGCCUGCCGGUGCCGCCCCAACACCCAGGGCCUCACCUGCAGCGAGCCGGCGCGAGACCACUACCUCCCUGACCUGCACGACCUGCGGCUGGAGCUGGAGGAGGCGGCCACGCCCGAUGGCCACACCGUGCGCUUUGGCUUCAACCCCCUCGAGUUCGAGAGCUUCAGCUGGAGGGGCUAUGCGCAGAUGACACUCAUCCAGCCCAGGAUCGUGGCAAAGCUGAACGUGACCUCCCCCGACCUCUUCCGGCUCGUCUUCCGCUACGUCAACCGUGGGCCCACCAGUGUGAGCGGGCGAGUCUCUGUGCAGGAAGAGGGCAGGUUUGCCACCUGCAGCAACUGCACAGAGCAGAGCCAGCCCGUCGCCUUCCCGCCCAGCACGGAGCCUGCCUUUGUUACUGUGCCCCAGAGGGGCCUCGGGGGGCCCUUUGUGCUGAACCCUGGCACCUGGGCCCUGCUCGUGGAGGCCGAAGGGGUGCUCCUGGACUACGUGGUUCUGCUACCCAGCACUUACUACGAGGCUGCGCUCCUGCAGCUGCGGGUGACCGAGGCCUGCACGUUCCGGCCUGCCGCCCAGCGCUCCGGGGAGACCUGCCUCCUCUACACCCACCUGCCCCUGGAUGGCUUCCCCUCAGCUGCUGGACCCGAGGCCCUGUGUCGCCAUGACAACAGCCUACCCCGGCCUUGCCCCACGGAGCGGCUCAGCCCCUCACACCCGCCUCUGGCCGCCUGCGUGGGCAGUGACGUGGACGUUCAGCUUCAGGUGGCAGUGCCCCGGCCGGGCCACUACGCACUGGUGGUGGAGUACGCCAGUGAGGACACCCAGCAGGAGGUGGGCGUGGCCGUGCACACCCCCCAGCGGGCCCCCCAGCAGGGGGCACUCACUCUCUACCCCUGCCCUUACAGCACCUGCCGGGGCGCUGCCCUGGACACCCAGCACCACCUGGCUGCCUUCCACCUGGACACGGAGGCCAGCGUCCGGCUCACGGCCGAGCAGGCGCGCUUCUUCCUGCACAGCGUCACCCUGGUGCCCAUGGAGACAUUCAGCAUGGAGUUCGUGGAGCCCCGGGUCCGCUGUGUCAGCAGUCACGGUGCCUUCAGCCCCAGCAGUGCCACCUGCCUGCUCUCUCGCUUCCCGAAGCCGCCCCAGCCCAUCAUCCUCAGGGACUGCCAGGUGCUGCCACUGCCCUCUGGCCUCCCGCUGGUCCACUCGCAGGACCUCACACCCGGCGCACCCCCGUCGGGGCCCCAGCCUCGGCCCCCCACUGCCGUGGACCCCGAUGUGGAGCUCACGCUGCUGCGCCACCCCCAGGGCACCGUGGUCUUCACCACCCAGGUGCCCGCCCUGGGCCGCUACGCCUUCGUGCUGCACGGCUACCAGCCCGACCACCCCACCUUCCCCGUGGAGGUCCUCAUCAGCGGGGGCCGAGUCUGGCAGGGCCAUGCCAAUGCCAGCUUCUGCCCGCACGCCUACGGCUGCCGUACCCUGGUUGUGUGUGAGGGCCAGGCCGUCCUGGACGUGACUGACAGCGAGCUCACCGUGACCAUGAGGGUGCCUGAGGGCCGGUGGCUCUGGUUGGAGUACGUGUUGGUGGUCCCUGAGGAGGUCUACAGCUCCAGCUAUCUCCGAGAGGAGCCCCUGGACAAAUCCUAUGACUUCAUCAGCCAGUGUGCCAGCCAUGGGUACCACAUCAGCCCCACCAGCUCGUCCUCCUUCUGUCGUGGUGCUGCCUCUUCUCUCUCUCUCUUCUAUAACAACGGGGCUCAGCCUUGCGGCUGUCACGAAAUGGGUGCCACAGGCCCUGCGUGUGAGCCCUUUGGGGGCCAGUGUCCCUGCCGGGCCCACGUCAUCGGCCGUGUGUGCUCCCGCUGUGCCACGGGCUACUGGGGCUUCCCCAGCUGCAGGCCCUGCGAGUGCCGAGGCCGUCUGUGUGACGAGCUCACGGGCCGAUGUGUCUGCCCGCCACGCACCAUCCCUCCAGACUGCGUGGUCUGCCAGCCCCAGAGCUUCGGCUGCCACCCCCUGGUGGGCUGUGAGGAGUGUAACUGCUCGGGGCCUGGUGUCCAGGAGCUCACCGACCCCACCUGUGAUGUGGACAGUGGCCAGUGCAAGUGCAGAGCCAAUGUGACCGGGCGCCGCUGUGACGCCUGCGCCCCUGGCUUCCAUGGCUACCCCAGCUGCCGCCCCUGCGACUGCCAUGAGGCGGGCUCCAUGCCCAGCAUGUGUGACCCCCUCACAGGCCAGUGCCACUGCAAGGAGAACGUGCAGGGCCCUCGGUGUGACCAGUGCCGCCUUGGGACCUUCUCCCUUGAAGCCACCAACCCAAAGGGCUGCACCCGCUGCUUCUGCUUCGGGGCCACCGAGCGCUGCAGGGGCUCGGCCCACGCCCGCCGUGAGCACGUGGACAUGGAGGGCUGGACGCUGCUGAGCAGCGACCGGCAGGUGGUUCCUCACGAGCUGCGGGCAGAGGCAGAACUGCUCUACGCGGACCUGCGGCGCGGCUUCGAGGCCUUCCCUGAGCUGUACUGGCAGGCCCCACCCUCCUACCUGGGGGACAGGGUGUCAUCCUAUGGUGGGACCCUCCGCUACGAACUUCACUCGGAGGCCCAGCGUGGAGACGUGUUCAUCCCCACAGAAAGCAGGCCGGAUGUGGUGCUGCAGGGCAACCAGAUGAGCAUCACGUUCCUGGAGCCAAUGUACCCGGCGCCCGGCCACGUUCACCAUGGACGACUGCAGCUGGUGGAGGGGACCUUCCGGCACACGGAGACGCACAACGCCGUGUCCCGCGAGGAGCUCAUGAUGGUGCUGGCGAGUCUGGAGCGGCUGCACAUCCGCGCCCUGUUCUCCCAGACCUCCUCGGCCGUCUCCCUGCGCAGCGUGGUGCUGGAGGUGGCCGGUGAGGUGGGCGGGGGGCCUCCGGCCAGCAACGUGGAGCUGUGUAUGUGCCCGGCCAACUACCGUGGAGAUUCGUGCCAGGAAUGUGCCCCUGGCUACUACCGGGACAUCAAAGGUCUCUUCUUGGGUCGCUGUGUCCCCUGUCAGUGCCAUGGCCACUCAGACCGCUGCCUCCCUGGCUCGGGCGUCUGCAUGGGCUGCCAGCACAACACUGAAGGUGACCACUGUGAGCACUGCCGGGCUGGCUUCGUGCGCAGUGGGUCUGAGGACCCGAUGGCCCCCUGUGUCAGCUGCCCCUGCCCCCUCGCAGUGCCUUCCAACAACUUUGCGGUGGGCUGCGUCCUGCGAGGAGCCCGCACACAGUGUCUCUGCAAACCCGGCUACGCGGGCGCCUCCUGCGAGCGGUGCGCGCCCGGCUUCUUCGGGAACCCGCUGGUGCUGGGCAGCUCCUGCCAGCCGUGCGACUGCAGCGGCAACGGCGACCCCAACCUGCUCUUCAGCGACUGUGACCCCCUGACCGGCGCCUGCCGCAGCUGCCUGCGCCACACCGCCGGGCCCCGCUGUGAGAGCUGCGCCCCCGGCUUCUACGGCAACGCCCUGGUGCCGGGCAACUGCACCCGGUGUGACUGCUCCGCAUGCGGGACAGAGACCUGCGACCCCCAUAGUGGGCACUGCUUGUGCAAGGCAGGAGUGACUGGGCUACGCUGUGACCGUUGUCAGGAAGGAUACUUCGGCUUCCAGGACUGUGGGGGCUGCCGCCCAUGCGCCUGUGGCCCAGCCGCGGAGGGCUCCGAGUGCCACCCCCAGACUGGGCAGUGCCCCUGCCGGCCGGGGGCCGGAGGGCCCCAGUGCCGCGAGUGUGCCCCUGGCCACUGGGGGCUGCCUGAGCGGGGCUGCCGGCGCUGCCAGUGCCAGGGGGGCCACUGCGAUGUGCACACGGGCCACUGCACCUGCCCCUCCGGGCUCAGUGGGGAGCGCUGUGACGCCUGCAGCCAACAGCACGAGGUGCUGGUGCCUGGCGGGUCCGGGGGCCAUGACGUCCACUGUGAAGUGUGUGACCACUGUGUGGUCCUGCUCCUGGACGACCUGGAGCGGGCUGGCGCCCUCCUCCCCGCCAUCCGGGAGCAGCUGCGCAGCAUCAACGCCAGCUCCGUGGCCUGGGCCCGGCUGCACAGGCUGAACGCCUCCAUCGCCGACCUGCAGAGGCAGCUCCAGAGCCCUUUGGGCCUCCGCCACGAGACGGUGCAGCAGCUGGAGACCCUGGAACAGCAGAGCUCAAGCCUCAGACAGGACGCACAGAGGCUGGACAGCCAGGCCACAAGAGCUCUCGCCAAGGCCGGCCGGCUGCUGGACAGCACUGAGGCCUCCCUGGGUCAGGCGCAGACGCUGCUGGUGGCCAUCAGGGCUGUGGACCGCAUCCUGAGUGAGCUCGAGUCCCAGACGGACCACCUGUUCCCGGCCAACGCCUCGGCCCCGUCGGGCGAGCACGUGCGCCGGACGCUGGCUGAGGUGGAGCGGCUGCUGGGGGAGAUGCGGGCCCGAGACCUGGGUGCCCCGAGAGCAGCGGCUGAGGCCGAGCUGGACACGGCCCAGAGACUGCUGGCCCAUGUGCAGGAGCAGCUGAGCAGCCGCUGGGAGGGGAACCGGGCACUGGCCGCGCGCGCCCGGGACCAGCUGGCCCAGCACGAGGCUGGCCUCAUGGACCUUCGAGGGGCCCUGAACCGGGCAGUGGGCACCACUCGGGAGGCUGAGGAGCUCAACAGCCGAAACCAGGAGCGCCUGGAGGACGCCCUGCACCGGAAGCAGGAGCUGUCCAGGGACAAUGCCACUCUGAGGGCCACUCUGCAGGCCGCCAGUGACACCCUGGCCCAGCUCUCUGGGCUCCUGCACGGUAUGGACCAGGCCAGGGAGGAGUAUGAGCACCUUGCUGCCAACCUGGAUGGGGCCCGGACGCCCCUGCUGGAGAAGAUGCGGGCCUUCUCCCCCGCAAGCAGCAAGGUGGAGUUGGUGGAGGCCGCGGAGGCCCACGCACAGCAGCUGGACCAGCUGGCCCUCAACCUGUCCAGCAUCAUCCGUGGAGUCAACCAGGACCGCUUCAUCCAGCGGGCCAUCGAGGCCGCUAACGCCUACGGCAGCAUUCUCCAAGCCGUGCAGGCCGCCGAGGGGGCUGCUGGUCAGGCGCUGCAGCAGGCGACCCACACAUGGGCGAUGGUGGUGCGGGGAGGCCUGGCGUCCCGAGCCCGGGACCUGUUGACCAACAGCAGUGCCCUGGCAGAGGCCACCAUCAGGGGGCAGCAGAGGCUGGGACGCGUGCGGGCUACCCUCCAGGGCACCGGGACCCAGCUCCGAGAUGCCCAGGCCAAGAAGGAGCAGCUGGUGGCCCGAGUCCAGGAGGUACAGGCCAUGCUGGCCAUGGACACCGACGAGACAAGCAAGAAGAUUGCGCACGCCAAAGCUGUGGCCGCCGAAGCCCAGGACACGGCCGCCCGCGUGCAGUCGCGGAUUCAGGACAUGCAGAAACACCUGGAACAGUGGCAGGGCCAGUACGGAGGCCUGCGGAGCCAGGACCUGGGCCAGGCGGUACUCGACGCGGGCCGCUCAGUGUCCACCCUGGAGAAGACGCUGCCGCAGCUGCUAGCCAAGCUGAGCCUCCUGGAAAACCGUGGCACGCACAACGCCAGCCUGGCCUUGUCUGCCAGCAUCGGCCGCGUGCGGGAGCUCAUCGCCCAGGCCCGUGGAGCUGCCAGCAAGGUCAAGGUGUCCAUGAAGUUCAAUGGGCGCUCAGGGGUGCAGCUGCGUGCCCCGCGGGACCUCUCCGACCUCGCCGCCUACACCGCUCUCAAGUUCUACCUCCAGAGUCCAGAGCCGGAGUCUGGCCAGGUCCCCGGGGAUCGCUUUGUGCUCUACAUGGGCAGCCGCCAGGCUGUCGGGGACUACAUGGGCGUGGCUCUGCGGAACCAGAAGGUGCACUGGGUGUACCGCCUGGGGGAGGCGGGCCUCGCAGCCCUCAGCGUCGACGAAGACAUCGGGGAGCAGUUUGCAGCAGUCAGCAUUGACAGGACCCUCCAGUUUGGUCACAUGUCUGUCACGGUGGAGAAGCAGAUGCUCCAUGAGACCAAGGGCGACACAGUGGCCCCUGGGGCCGAGGGGCUGCUCAGUUUGCGGCCUGACGACUUUGUCUUCUACGUGGGGGGGUACCCCAGCCACUUCACGCCCCCUGAGCCCCUCCGCUUCCCUGGCUACCUGGGCUGCAUCGAGAUGGACACGCUCAACGAGGAGGUGCUCAGCGUCUAUAACUUCGAGGAGACCUUCCAGCUGGACACAGCUGUGGACAGGCCUUGUGCCCGCUCCAAGUCGACCGGGGACCCGUGGCUCACAGAUGGCUCCCACCUGGACGGCUCCGGCUUUGCGCGCAUCAGCAUGGAGAGUCAGAUCGGCACGACCAAACGCUUCGAGCAGGAGAUACGGCUUGUGUCCUCCAACGGGAUCAUCUUCUUCAUGCGGCACCAGGACCAGUUCCUGUGCCUGGCCACGCAGAAGGGCAGCCUCCUCCUCCUCUACGACUUUGGCGCAGGUCUGAUGCAGGCCAAGCCACAACACGAGGACAUGCAGAAACUGCUAACCAUGACCACGGCCAGCAAGGCAAUUCAGGUGUUCCUGCUGGGGGGUAAUCGCGGCCGUGUGAGCCGCGUGCUGGUGCGCGUGGAGAGGAACAACGUGUUCAGCGUGGACCGCAGCAGCUCGCUGGAGCUGGCCGACGCCUACUACCUGGGCGGCGUGCCGCCCGACCAGCUGCCCCCGAGCCUGCAGCAGCUCUUCCCCUCCGGAGGCUCAAUCCGCGGCUGCAUCAAGGGCAUCAAGGCUCAGGGCAAGUACGUGGAUCUCAAGAGGCUGAACACGACGGGCAUCAGCUCGGGCUGCACUGCCGACCUGCUGGUGGGACGGGCCAUGACUUUCCACGGCGACGGCUACCUGUCCCUGGAGCUCCCUGAUGUCCCCCCCGUCUCGGGCCACAUCUACUCCGGCUUCGGCUUCCGCAGCACCCAAGACGCUGGUCUGCUCUACCACAAAGCGUUCCUGGAUGGGCCAUACCAGGUGUCCCUGCAGCAGGGCCGUGUGACACUGCAGCUGCUGAGGACAGAGGUGAAGACUCGAGGGAGCUUUGCCGACGGCGUCCCCCAUUAUGUGGCUUUCUACAGCAACGACACAGGGGUCUGGCUCUAUGUGGACGACCAGCUUCAGCAGAUGAAGCCCCACCAGGGGCCGCCCCCCAGGCCCCAGCCUCAGGAGUCCCAGGAUCUCUUCUUAGGAGGUUUGUCCAAGACUGGCGACUACUUUAACUUCAAGGGCUGCAUCAGCAACGUAUUCGUGAUGCGGCCCGUGGGGCCGCAGCGUGUAUUCGACCUGCAGCAGGACUGGAAGAAAGUCAACGUGAGCUCAGGCUGUGCCCCCACCCCGCGCACCCAGACCCCAGGGCAGGCACCUCGAGGACUGAGGGCCGCAGCGGCGCGGAAGCCCGGCCGACGCAGCCGCCAGCCCCCCCAGGACCCUGCCUGCACACCACCCUGGCCUCCCAGGACCAUCCAAGAUGCCUACCAGUUUGGGGGCCCCCUGUUUAGUUACUUGGAGUUUGCCCACAUCCCGGCACCCCCCGGGAACUGGUCCCACCUCUCGAUGCUGGUCCGCCCUCGCACCCCACGAGGACUCCUGCUGCUCGCUGCCCCCCUCACGGCCAGCAGCCCUUCUCUGCUUCUCCUCCUGAGCCAUGGACACUUUGUUGCCCAGACAGAGGGCCCUGGGCCCCAGCUCCGCGUCCAGAGCCGCCAGCGUUCACGGGCUGGCCGGUGGCACAUGGUGUCUGUGCGGUGGGGAAAGACUCGGAUCCAGCUGGCGACAGAUGGGGUCUGGGCCCAGGACCAGGAGGGGCCCGGCCAGCAGCACCAGGGGGCAGGGAGCCCCCGGCCCCAGACUCUCUUUGUGGGGGGCCUCCCUGCCAGUGGCUUCAGCCCGAGGCUCCCAGUGGCCACCGGCAGGUCUGGCUUCAGUGGCUGUGUGAGGAGACUGAGGCUGGACGGGCGGCCCCUGGGGGCCCCCACACGGGUGAUGGGGGUCACGCCGUGCUUCUCAGGCCCCCUGGAGAAAGGCCUGUUCUUCGCAGACAGCGGGGGUGUGGUCACCCUAGACACCACGGGGGCCGUGCUGCCUCACGCGGCCCUGGAGCUGGAGGUACGGCCUCGGACGGCCACCGGCCUCAUCUUCCACCUGGGCCGGGUCCAGGCACCGCCCUACCUGCAGCUGCAGGUGCGGGCCGAGCAGGUCCUGCUGCGGGCGGACGAUGGUGCAGGGGAGUUCUCCACGUGGGUGAUGUGCCCGGCGGCCUUGUGUGACGGCCAGUGGCACCGACUGGCGGUGACCAGAAGUGGGAACGUGCUCCAGCUGGAGGUGGACGCACGGAGCAACCAGACCCUGGGCCCUGCGCUGGUGGCCUCCAUGGCCACCGCCCAAGCACCUCUGCACCUCGGGGGCCUGCCUAAGCCCACGAACGCACAGGCUAGGCCUCUAGCCUACCGCGGCUGCAUGAGGAAUCUGAUGCUGAAUGGGUCCCCCAUCACCUGGUCUCACUCUGUGGGCAUCCAGGGGGCAGUGGGGGCCAGCGGCUGCCCAGCCACCUAGCAAGCUGCCCCUCUAGCAGCCACGCAGGAGAGCCUUCGGGGGCCCCGGCCUGGCAUCCACAGGAGGGCCGCCCUGGGCAGGCAGGCUCCCACCUCUCAGAGCCUCCAGCCCCUGCAAUUCAGCCCACUUCACAUCAAGUCUAUUUAUUUGGACUCUAGAUUCUAGGAGUGACGAAUCUUUUUGAAAACGAUUUAAGUUAUACCGGACAUUUUAAACUGGCGUUUUUAAUACUGUUUAUCUUUCAGCUUCAUGAUGAGAUUUUCCCUCCACCAAUUUUUCAUAACAUCAGAAAUCUGCCCUGCUUCUUAAAAAUUAAAAAGUAGAGGUGCCUGGGUGGCUCAGUCCUUAGGCGUCUGCCUUCGGCUCAGG